AUGAAUAGAGUAAAUAACUGGGACCCUAUUGUGAAGAUUUUUAAUGAUCGGUUGGCUUCUUGGAAAGCGCGUUCCCUUUCGAUAGGUGGUCGGGUCGUUCAUAUUAAAGCGGUGUUAGAAAGCCUCCCUAUUUACUUUUUAUCUAUUUUUAAAGCGCCGAUUAAAGUGUUAGAUAAGCUGGAGUUGCGUAUGAGGAACUUCCUAUGGGGUGGCUUGGCGGAGUCUAGAAAAAUACAUUGGGUAGCGUGGGAUAAAGUUGCCAUUCCUAAAAAAUUGGGCGGGCUUGGUAUUUGUAUACUUAAAAAGGUGAAUGAGGGGUUGCUUGCUAAGUGGAUAUGGAGAUUUAGAGUGGAAGAAGAUUGCUUGUGGCGAAAAGUAGUAUUGGUUUGCCAUGGUAGGAAAAGAAGUUGGUCGGAUUUGCCUUGCAACCCGACUAUUACAGGUGUGUGGAAAAAUAUCACGAGUAUGGAUGCCAAAUUACUCUUAAAAGGUAAAAGAAUUCACAGUUUUAUCAAAGGAGUUAAAUUCAAAGAGUGUAGGGUGUCGGAUCGUAUUCCGGUUACGGGUGUGGAUUCUAACCAAAACUGGUGUUGGUCGAGAAUGCCGCCGUCCCCGGAGGAGUUGGCAGAUUUGGCCGAUAUCAUGGAUGCGCUGAGCGGGGUUGGGGUGGCGUCUGAGAAGGAUAAAUGGGUUUGGUUGCUUGACGUUUCCGACAAGUUCUCUACGAAAUCGUUUAAGCUUUUGGCUACGGAAGAUAGUAAUGAGUUAAGAAAUUCAAAGGGAGAGGAAACAUGGACUAAAAUUGGGGAGAAGAUUAUGGAGAGAAUGUCUCCAUAUAAUUUCAAAAGCCAAUACUCCCCUUCAAGCUGGAGCGUGAAGGUUGACAACGCCCAGCUUGUCGAGUAA